GGAGAUGCGGGAAUGUGCGACAUGUUUUACCGAGUGACGUACCGACCGAACUACGCGGGCCAUGUACUCUUUGGGCGAUCUGCAGCCGCUGUAUCAGCUGUUGAAUCAGGAGUGGAACUCGCUGAUGUACGGGGCAGCAGAGGAGACGUUGAUUGAGCAGCUUCUCUCUUGGCUACAUAACUUCGGGUUCUAUAUAUGGGAAUUAAUGGGGUACACCGCGCCUCGGAAUCGCGGCCACUACUCCAUCGGCGUAAUAAUCGUUAUGACUCUGGCUAUCACUUUCUUCGUUUACAAGGUGAUGGCCGAAGUACUGUCGUUCGACUCGAGGAAGCGCGCCUCCAAGAGGAAUCUGCACGUCGGGAGGAUAAACGGGAGUGCAAUCGUAAGAGAACUUCUUCGUUCACUGGAAGAGACCCUCGUGGAAACUGGCACGACUCUCGUGGCUCUCAUCGCGCUCGUGAAACCAACAUUAAGGACCUUUAUAGAGCAACGUCCUCGGUUGUGGCCACGACUGAUCGAAAACGUUGAGAAAAGAAGACACACUCGCCUCGGUUACGUGACUCACGUCGUAUGA